UCUCGCCGCACGUGCUCUCGGAUUCAGGUGAUCCGCCGUCCCUAGUUCAUCAUGCCCGGUUCCUGCCCCGUUUCAGAGCAAUCAGAGGACACCGGCCACGAUAUCAACGAUGUGUUUGAGGAUAUCUUUCUGACCGAAGAGCGUAUCGUCGAGGAAAGUUUUCACCAAGGGCUCGAGGACGGCCAACAGCAGGAGUCCGUCGUGGAGGCGCACGAUUACGGCUACAAGAAGGGAGCGGAAAUUGGCCGUGAAAUCGGAUUCUACCAAACGGUAGUGAGUGAAAUCAGUACGCAGGAAGAAGUGACGAGCAACGAAAAGGUCGCUGCACUGCUCGGGGAAGUACAAGCCACACUCAACAAGUUCCCUUGUGAAAACGAUCCGGACGUCGAUCUGCUGCACGGAUUGCAACAGAUCCGCAACAAGUAUCGCCGGUUGUGCGCCCUGCUGAAACUCCCGUUCAAAUACGUCCAGACGAAUGAUCUUUCGUUUUAG